UUCAGCAUUAGGGGGUAGGGUCACCAACUGUGAGUCAUCUUUCAGUUGAUAGCAGACAGUAGGAGAGGCAGAAAGUCAGGUUGAAAGUGUGGAGGCGUGUAAUAACUAGCGUGGAAAAAGAGGGUUCUCAUAACCCGGCAGUCAAAUGGAUAGCUCAACCCAAAUUACUAUGCUUGCUAGACAAUUUGAUGACCUAUGCAAGGGUUUCACUAAUCUCAUUGAAGAUUUUAGAAGAUAUGCUCUGAAUCAAGAAAACUGUCAAAUAAAAUGGCUUGAGGCUGAGGAUGAAGUAAGACACUUAAAGAACCAACUAAGUGAUGCCAACCAGAUGAACUCCAAGUUGCAAGCUCAGUAUCAUCAAACAACUGCCUUGUUAAAAAAUGAAGUUAAAGUGCGCACACAUCUUCAAGAGGAAAAGAAAACUCUGGAAAAGAAACUUAAAUCAUCAAAAGAAAGGAAUCAUUCAACAGAAAAAAAUGAAAACAGCAAUGAACCCACUAAGAAGAAUCGUCAUUCGAUGCCAGGGAUAUGUCCAUCCCGAGACUGGUUAUGCAACGAAACUGAUUCGAACAGCGUGGGGACACCAUCUGUUAUUUCUGAAAUUUCAAAUGAAGGCACAACUCGCGGAAAUGAGCUGCCAACAUCCAGUGCUCGAUCAAGUCGGGCUUCCAGUCGUGGGAGCCGUCCUUCCAAUAUGGAUUCCUUCAUCACCAGCGACGGAGGUUUCAAACGGCGCUCUCGACGUGAUGGGAUACUUGAUAAUUCAUGCAGCGAACGUCUGAUCGCCACGACGACAGUUUCAAUACCCAUUAAAGGAGGUCCCAUCACAGCAACGUCUGUAAUCGAAACAAGUCCAGAAACAAAUCAAAUGACUGAAGAAAUAAAUACUUCUUUUGGUAAAAAACGAAGAGUGCGCAUCGACAGUAUUCAGCAGUUGGAAAACGAGCCUGAUGUCGCCCCAAGUGCACCUUCUCAAAGUUUGUUAGAACCACCUAAAAAUAGGUUUAUAAUGAAUGAAACCUCUCCUACAGUAAAUGGAAGAAGGAGUACCAGUGUACCUGCAACGGCCCGCCUUUCUGAAGGCCAGGGGCCAGCUUAUCUGCGACCCAUGGCUUCUGGGGGACGGCUUUCUCUUAACCAACGCCGCCAUAAUUUUAGUCAAAAAACGAUUAUUAAAUCAGAAAAUUGUCUACCCUGUGGAAACAGAAUCAAGUUUGGGAAGCUGGCUUUCAAGUGCUCCGAUUGCCGGGCUACCUGUCACGUGGAAUGCAAGACUCGCAUGCCUCAAAUUUGUGUUCCUACAACACAGGCCUCCAUCAGCAGAGGACUUUCCGGAACCUUGGCUGACUUUGCUCCGCUGACGGUACCGAUGAUCCCAAGUUUGAUUGUUCAUUGCGUUAAUGAAGUCGAGCGGCGAGGAAUGAAAGAAGUAGCAAUCUAUCGGGUGAAUGGUUCCGAAAAAGAGAUAACCGAUUUAAAGGAUGAAAUGGUGCGAGGCAAGAUGCAACCCCAAAGGCUAGCGCAGAUCAAUAUCCACGUCAUUACUGGAGCAUUGAAGCUAUUUUUACGGACACUCAAAGAACCCCUCAUCACUUUCACGCUGUGGAAAAGCUUUGUUGGCAUUUGUGAUCUCACUGAAGAGAUGGAUAUUCAGACAGCAUUAUACGCCAUGAUUCCAGAGCUUCCACGUCCCAACAGAGACACACUUGCCUUUUUGAUUCUUCAUCUUCAAAAGGUUGCUGAUACUCCCGAAUGCAAAAUGCUGACAUCCAGUCUAGCUAGGGUGUUUGGCCCAAUUAUUAUAGGCCACUCCCGUCCUAAUCCGGACGUCGAGUUGACUCUAAAGGAGACAAAAAAACAAGCUUGCACUAUGGAGAAACUGUUGCAAAUUCCGAGUGAUUACUGGUGCCGCUUUAUCGUGGACCAUUAAUAUACUUGUCGCUGUUCCAACUGGUUCAAGACGUUUUCUUACGUUGCACUUGGAUAAGUGUGCAGACUACACAAGUAUUGUAAAAGGUAACUGCAUGCUUAGAACUUUGUUAUUACUAUCGUUUAUAUUGCAUUGAAGUUUCCCCUUCCCUGUUUUACAAUCAAGUUAGAACUUCGAACUAAAAUGUGACUAGACUUCACUAACCGUUUAGUUACUUGACUAAAACCUUUUUUUUUUUUUUACUGAAAAAAUUCACAUUGACGAAUGAUUGGUGUAAACCCACAGACAGUGUACGUUUGCAUUAUGCCUACAAUUAAACAAUGCAUGACUGUU